AUACCGUACGCAUACAUUUUCAAAACAUAGCCGAGAAUAAUACAUUGUAAAUUGUAGAGAAAUAACGAAUAGCUUUUAGAUGAAUAAGUAAAAAAGCAUCUGCAAAAUCGUGAAAACCCAAUAUCUUCUACAUAAUAAAUGGUUUGCAACCUUUCAUCAGUUUUAGCAAAUCUCCCAUUAAUUCGGAACUUACGUUGACAGUUUAUGGGGUGAGACGCCCUCUAUUUUGUUGCACUACUGAAGUAGCUAGCUGACGAGCGGUAAGUUAUCAUGUACUAAGACAUACAGAAUUGAUGAUCGGAAUCACACACGGAGGUGAGAUUGCUUCUUAUAGACGAACGUGUUGUUAUGCUGAAUGCCACAUAUGCAAAGGCAACACGUAUCGUGGUGUUAAUUCGAAACAUCAGCUACCACGUCAGCUAGUUUGAUAGCUUCCUGUUUCGCUAACAAUCUCAAUGACGGUCAGCGUUUAAAGAAACGGGCCAAUUUCGAAAUGGCGUCUAUUUUUUAUUCCCGAGAAAGCUCGUCGUAUUUGGAUUUGACUUACUGUACGAUAAAAUGUUUAAUUAUAUAUAGAUAUAUAAUGUGGAGUUGUCAUUUAUUCGACGAUGAGCUCAACAGUUUUUAUAAACGGGAGUCCCGUUAAAGAAGGGCACUCGGGUUCGCUUAAUCUAAGAACUAGUGGUGCACGUCCUGUUUAUUAACGUAUUUACUAUACACAGAGACGCUACAGCAACUGACUCUUCUUGACGUCGUUGCUAACAGCCAUGUCGUAUAUACUUGUUUUGUGGCCACUUACAAAUACAGAUUAAUCUUAUGAGACCUUAUGGCAAUGUUUUAUUAUUGCCUUUUAAGUGGGAAGUUACUUUUAUAUAUGUUGCAAUGUAGAACAAGUGCCUCAACCUGUACUAAAAGCUCAGGUGACACGGCUGUUGUAUUUGACAGUAAUACCGUAAAAAGUCUAAUUAAAGGUAUGAUGGGCAGAGCUUCUUUAAUUUAGACGUGUAUAAGAUGCACAGUUACCGAGUUAUUUGUGUUGGAGAAAGUAUUUUGCUAAUGGAAAAGGCUGGGAUGACAAGGUGUUACAGAUCAAAGUCAGGCUUAACAACACUUUUCAAAGCAGUGGUGUAAUAUGAAACGGCCCCUCGCUGCAUAACACUUGUAUUACAACUGUAUGAUAUCUUUUUGUUUUUAUUUGCAAUUCAAAAGAAACAAGGAUUCAUGUCCACCCAGUAGAAUCUAAAACUAGUGAUGUCAGAGUCUAAGCCCCCUUCUCCAACCACUGGUGACACAUAUAAGGGAUGGCUUUUUAAAUGGACAAACUACAUUAAGGGUUACCAGAGACGCUGGUUUGUUUUGAGCAAUGGUCUCUUGUCAUACUACAGGUCACACGCAGAAAUGGGCCACACAUGCAGAGGAACCAUUAACUUGGCCACAGCCAAUAUUGUUGUGGAGGAUUCAUGCAAUUUUGUCAUCUCCAAUGGUGGAGCACAAACCUACCACCUUAAGGCCAGCUCAGAAAUAGAACGCCAGCGAUGGAUCACAGCAUUGGAGCUGGCCAAAGCCAAGGCUGUCAGUAUGCAGGCUGAAUCCGAUGACUCGGGUGAUGAGUAUCUUACACUGCCCCCUACUUCAGGCCAGAGUGGAGGUAGUCGUAAUUCAGAAGUCCAGUCCACACUGCGAGUAUUUAGCAGCAAAGUCAAAGACCUCAGCACCUGCAAUGAUCUCAUUGUCAAGCACGGAUCUGCCCUCCAAAGGUCGUUGUCAGAGCUGGAGGGAAUUCAUGUUGGGGGAGACAUGGGAGACAAAGUCAGACAAGUCACAGAGAGGGCCACAUUGUUCCGAAUCACCUCUAAUGCCAUGAUCAAUGCAUGUCGAGACUUCCUGUCUUUGGCUCAAAAUCACAGUAAACGUUGGCAAAAAGCACUACAGACAGAAAGAGACCAGAGGAUACGACUGGAGGAGACUCUGGAACAGCUGGCCAAACAGCACAACCACUUGGAACAAGCUUUCAGAGGAAAUUCAUCAAGUAAUCCUGCUGUAGGUAACAAAGGAAAAGGUGAUGCAAGUGACGAGGAAGAUGACAAUGAGUUCUUUGAUGCUAUGGAAGACCCAGCAGAGUUUAUAACUGUCCCUGCUGACCCCAAGUAUCACAGGAGAUCUGGCAGCAACGUCAGUGGACUCAGCAGUGAGACUGGGACGGAUGAUCAGUCUGCAAAUCUCGACGAACUGUCUUUGGCGUCCAGUCCAGAGUCUUCUCAGUCUCUGGAGCUAAGUAGACAAAGGCGAACCCGUAUUCCUGACAAACCUAACUAUUACCUCAACUUGUGGAGUAUUAUGAAGAACUGUAUUGGAAAGGAGCUCUCGAAAAUACCAAUGCCUGUUAAUUUCAAUGAACCACUCUCCAUGCUGCAACGACUGUCUGAAGACCUUGAGUACUAUGAGCUGCUGGAUAAAGCUGCCAAGUGUCAGAGUUCUCUGGAGCAGAUGUGUUAUGUUGCUGCUUUUACAAUCUCCUCUUAUUCAACUACUGUCAACCGCACAGGAAAACCCUUCAAUCCUCUGCUGGGAGAAACAUUUGAGCUUGAUCGAUUAAAAGAGUCUGGGUACCGCUCCCUCUGUGAGCAGGUGAGUCACCAUCCACCUGCUGCAGCUCACCAUGCUGUGUCUCAGAAGGGUUGGACCCUCAGACAGGAAAUCACACUGUCUAGCAAGUUCAGGGGAAAAUAUAUUUCUAUUAUGCCCUUAGGUUCUAUCCAGUGUAUAUUUGACAAGAGCAACCAUCACUACUCUUGGAAAAAGGUCACUACAACAGUGCACAACAUUAUUGUGGGGAAAUUAUGGAUCGAUCAGUCAGGAGACAUAGAUAUUGUGAACCACAGUACAGGAGAUCGCUGUCACCUGAAGUUUGCUCCAUAUAGUUAUUUCUCAAGAGAUGUACCAAGGAAGGUAACAGGAGUUGUGACUGAUCAGGCUGGAAAAGCCCAUUAUGUGUUGUCAGGAACAUGGGAUGAGAAGAUGGAGUUUUCCAGGAUAAUGCAGAGCAGCAGAGGAGAGGACGGUGCAGAAGGCAAACAGAGGACUGUGUAUCAGACCCUAAAAGCCAAAGAACUCUGGAGGAAGAACCUUUUACCAGACGGAGCAGAAACCAUGUACUUCUUCUCUUCGUUGGCUCUGACUCUUAAUGAACCUGAAGACAGCGUGGCACCAACAGACAGCAGAAGACGUCCUGAUCAGCGACUAAUGGAGGACGGCCGCUGGGAUGAGGCUAACACCGAAAAACAGAGGCUGGAAGAAAAACAGCGCAUAGUCCGUCGGGAAAGAGAGAGGGAAGCUGUCAAAGCAGCCGACUCACCCGAUGAUACUGAUGCACAGGACUCUGGCACAGGGGCAGUCCAGUCUUCUGACAACUGCCCUCAUCAAGACAACUACAGAGCACUUUGGUUUGAGAAGAUGGAUGACCCCGUCUCUGGAGAGACCCUGCACGUCUACAAAGGCGGUUACUGGGAGGCGAAGGACCAGGGCACCUGGGACAUGUGCCCAAAUAUUUUCUGAUCACAGACAAAAUUUGAAUUUGUUUAUGCUUGCAUUCUUAAGAAAUUACAACCCUUACAUUGACUCGAGUAAGGAGGCCAACCUUCACAAAGCAAUAUUUACUUAAUCCAUAUCAAGAAUUUUUGCUAAGUAUGUAAAACUAAAUUUGCCUUUGACAAUGUAUCAGUGAAGCACUGUAACAAAAUGUUGGUAUAAGUCAAGGAAAUCUUUCUUUUUUUAAUUAUGAAGUUUAUUAUUUUAUUGUGUUUUUUGUUUAGUAUGCUGUCAUUUUAACACAUUGAAUACUACCGUAUAUUAACUGAAAUUGUGGUUCUAGGGAGAUGUCUUACUGUAAAUAUUUUAAACAAAUGUAACUAAUUUCUAUGUUUGUUUGAGAAAUGCCAUUGAAACCCUGUUGUCAGUUUUCAUUCUACUUCUAUAGCACAUUGGUUUGGAAUUUUUUCAAAACGUUUCACUCUGAUGCAAUGAAACCAUCAUUAGUAUUCUUAUGGUUAUAAAAGGUGGGUUCUUGUAAAAUGUGUCUACAUUUAUUUUUAAAUAUGGGCAUUAAUUAAGAGAAUUAGAAUGAGGAAUGUAAAUAUUUCUCAGGCUAACACUGAGCCAUGUUCGAAAUUCUGCUCAAUCAAUUUUAGUCAAAGAAGGAUUUACUUCUUUAGUUUUCUUUUAAAGUGCAAAAUUGUUCCUUUAACGUCUCUCUUUUUGUAAUGGAUAUGAUUAUAAAAACUAAACAAAGCAAGAAGAGCACCUAGGUGUUUACAUGGACCAAAUGACACACAGUGAAAUGUUUUAUAAAAUCUGAUUUUUAUUUCUCCAGUUUUGUUCUUUACUAUUAUUUGUUUAUGUCAAUUAAAGUGAAUGGUUUAAUUGUAUUUCACAUUCAAGCAGUCUUAAAAGGAGAUUCAACAAAAAACCUUUGAAUUCAAAUUUCUAUGUCAUCAGUACUUAGGUGUAAAUAUAGGAAAUAUUGAAUUUAUAAUAUGAACUUUUUUUUGUUGCCACACUUCAUCUUCAUCAUCUCAAAUACAUCUCCUUAGAUAUGAUGUCCUCCCAGUCUUUGUCAUCCUGAUUAAUCCAAUAAUAAUUAUUCCUAUUUAUUUAUUUAUUCUACCACUACUCUACUCUUAU